AUGGCUGUAUCCAAACAUGCCAUCCCUUCCUUGUCGGAAUACCAGUGCCAGAUUUGUCUGGAAAUUCUAAUAGAACCUGUAACUCUUCCGUGUAACCACACUCUGUGUAAGCCAUGCUUCCUGUCAACCAUCGAAAAGGCAAAUUUAUGCUGUCCUUUCUGUCGCCGCUGGAUAUCUUCAUGGACUCGGUACCAUACCCGAAGGAAUUCUCUUGUCAAUAUGGAACUGUGGGAGACAAUUCAAAAACACUACCCAAAUGAAUGCAAACUCAGAGUUUCGGGGCAAGAAUCAGAGAAAGUUGUUGAUAACUACCAACCAGUUCGCGUGUUAAGUAGACCCGGAGAACUGAGAAAAGAAUAUGAACAGGAAAUGAACAAGAUGGAGGCAGAGCGCCGGGCCCGUGAAGAACAGCAACACAAAGCGAGUGAAGAAUACAUACAAAAAUUGUUGGCCGAGGAGGAAGAGCAACAAAGAAAGACAAGAAAGAGGCAAAGGGAGAUGAAAUGGGAAACGAAUGAACAGGCAAGAAACCUAAGCGCCACCGCUUCCUCUGAAGGAAGUAUCUCAGCUUCUCCUCUGAAUUCCGAGCCAGUUGCAACGAAGUCACAAAAGAAAAGAAAGAACAAACAAAGAAAUAUUGAAGAAAAGUAUUUAUCACCUCUGUCUCAAUUUGAGCCAGCAUCACAGUCUGAGGCUGUACAAGAAGUCAGGAAAAACUAUGUAUCCAAGAACACGGACAGUGAUGUUAAGAGCCCUAUGCAGCAAGAAAUUGAAGAAAACAUGCCAACGGUUUCUCCACAAACAGGCCUUGAAAUUAAAAAACAAGGAGCAAAGUCUUCAAUGGAGUCACCUAUGCCACCAUUUUGUGCCUCUGGUACAAAAAAGCGCCUUGAAGGAAAAGCCAAAACAAUUCCACACUGGCGUGAUAAAAAGUUGGUUGUCUUGCUUGAGAGACUUAAACCUGGAGUUUCCUACUCAAAAGAAGCUGCAGUUAAACCUUAUACCAAAACAGAGAAUAGGAGCACUAUGCCAGAUAUGACACAGAAAAUUGGAAAUGACACUGUCGAGAAAGAAAAAGAGUCUCCCCCACUAAUCAGCAAAAAUACUGCCAAAAGAGAAAACAAGGAAUCUUCAUUUGAAGCAGUCAACAAUCCAUGCUUUUCUGCAAAAAGAGAAAUGUUCCCCAAAUCUUCCUCCGAUCAAGAGGAAUCAGAAGUAAACUUUGCCCAAAAAAUAAUGAAUUUGGAGCACCAAUUAUUUGAGAGACAUAAACAAGAGGAGGAGGAUAGGUUGUUGGCAUUACAACUUCAGAAGCGCGUGGAUAAAGAACAAAUUCAUCCAAACCGGCAAAAAGGAUCCCCAGAUGAGUAUCCUUUCCGAACUGCAUCCUGGCCUUCAACCAACUUGCUAAAUGAAGAGAGGAAGAAGCCCAAAAGUAAGUUCAGAAAGUAAACUGACAUAAAGCAUUCAACAGAUGAAAAUCAGCAGACUUCUUUUAAGAUCCAUUUGAAGCUGUUCAAAAAAGAUGGACAAUGA